AAUGGAUCUGGAUUCUACUCCUGAACAGGAAGAAAUCAAGGCUUUAAUAGAAGGACCACAAGUGAUUCUUCAAAGACAUGCAAGAUCAACUGCAAAUGCUUCCUAUGAAGAAUUAGUAAGGAAGUUUGGAGAUCCCAAUGAUAUUCCUUAUGAAGACCUACUCAACAAUGAUUUCAAUCCUGCAAACAGAGAUGCUAAAAUUGAUCAACUAGGCAUUGAACAGUGUCUUGAAUCUCAAAAGAUUGCUAACCAAUUACCUAUUCAUACUAUAUUUGUUUCACCUUUGAGGAGAGCUUUGAUGACAGCAUACUAUGUGUACAAAGAUCACCCUAACUUCGCCUCAAUCAAAUUCAUCUUACUCCCUCAACUGCGUGAAUCUUUGAACAUAAUCUCUGACAUUCCUUCAAAUAUCGACGAAGUCAUCGAAGAAUUCAAAGAGCUGAUUCCUCAUUUACACAUAGCUGAACUGAACACUUCUCUGGUCGACCAGAGAACAAGCAGAGAGCACUGGUUUCUGAACGACUUGGAGGUCAACAUUGAACAACAAGAGAGCAUGAGCGAGAUGAAGAAAGAACUCGAGGUAUGGCUGGAGGAAGAGGAGAAGAAGGAUGUCUGUGAGCUUCUAUGUAAGUAUGGGAGAGAAGUACAUUCGACAGUGCUGGAAUCCAGGUGGAGCGUUAGGGAUAGAGCAAUGGAGGUGAAGAAGAUAGUGAAGAAGUAUCUAGAUGAGAAUGAGAUUCCGGAAUAUCAGAAAGUUAUCAUUGUUGGACACUAUGUAAUCUUCUGCCAUUACACUCAAGUGUGGGAAAAGGAAUAUUCUAGAGACAAGGAAAUCCCAAGACCUGAAAACUGUUUGAAACUAAAAAACUGCCAAUUCGUUUCAGAUCCAAACGACCUCUCAACCCUCAAAACUGACUAAACCCAUCUGCUAGACCUUAAGUUUCAAUAUCUAAAAA